AUGGUCAGGCGACGCUAUCCAGUCCUCCUGCUUCACAUCUUCACCAUCUUUGCCAGAACAGCAGGAAAUACUCAGGAAAUCCUGUAUCCAUUUGGACCAGAACACAGGGAUCUAGAAACCCCAAAGAUGGACGAUGGAAGUUCCCCUGAAAUCACAUUGCUUAUUCCUUUUGUCUUCUUCAACAUCCCAUAUCGCACAGCCUACGUCAACAACAAUGGUGUGAUUUCCUUUAACGUCCAGGUGAGCCAGUUCACUCCUGAGGCCUUCCCAUUGAGUGACAGCCGCUCGUUCAUUGCUCCCCUCUGGGCCGAUGUGCACAAUGGCAUUAGAGGAGACGUUUACUACAGGGAGACCACUGAGGCGGACGUACUGGAGAGGGCCACACAAGACGUCCGCAAGUACUUCAAGAACAUGCCCACCUUCACCGCCACUUGGGUGUUCAUCACAACAUGGCACCAAGUCACUUUCUAUGGAGGGAGCCAGACCACUCCAGUGAACACAUUCCAAACAGUGUUAAUCACAGAUGGAGCCGCCUUCUUCAGUAUGUUCAACUAUGGAGAAAUCACGUGGAGUACAGGCACGGCCAGCGGUGGAGAUCCUCUGACUGGACUCGGGGGAACUACGGCUCAGUCAGGUUUCAAUGGUGGAGACAUUGGACACUUCUUCAACCUGCCUGGGUCACGCUCCAAUGAUGUGGUCAACAUAGAGCAGACCACCAACGUCAAUGUUCCCGGACGCUGGGUUUUCCGAGUCGACACUGAGCUGAUUGAUCCUGCCAAUGGCUGCAGCUACAAUGGGCGUUACUACAGGCGAGGGGAGAUCUUCUGGCUGUCUGACCAGUGCUCGCAGAGGUGCCGCUGCCUGGAUGUGGACAAUGAUGUGCAGUGUGAGCAGGCUCCGUGUGGACAGCUGGAGACCUGCGAGCACCAGGAGGGUGCUUUCUACUGCCAGCCCACCCGCACCAGCACCUGCGUGGUGUUUGGAGAUCCACACUACCACACCUUCGACGGCUUCCUCUAUCACUUCCAGGGCACGUGUUCAUAUCUGCUAGCCCGCCCGUGCUGGGAGAUGACCGGGCUGCCUUUCUUCAGUGUGGAAGCCAAAAAUGAGAACCGUGGGAUGGCCUCGGUGUCCUGGCUGCGAGAUGUUACAGUGGAGGUUUAUGGACACAGAGUUCUGCUACCCAAAGGAACGCUUGGGACAGUCCAGGUGGAUGGCUUGAUGAAAACUUUGCCUGUCCAGCUCGAGCUCGGUGCAGUCAAGGCAUACCAGUCCGGAGUUGCUGUUGCACUGGAGACCGACUUUGGUCUUUUGGUCACCUAUGAUGGCCAGCACUACGCCUCCAUCUCUCUACCCAGCUCUUACUUCAACAACACAUGCGGCCUCUGUGGGAACUACAACGACGACCCAGCCGACGACCCCCUGCUCCCAGACGGAUCUUUAGCUGAGAGUGUGGUGGAGCUCGGAGGCAGUUGGCGAGCGGAGGACACGGACUGGAGGUGUACUGACGGUUGUGCCCAAAACUGCAGCGUGUGUGAUCCAGCUAGCGAGGCGUUUUACUUCCGACCAGACUACUGCGGACUCAUCAACAAGACGGAUGGGCCCUUCAGAGACUGUCGGGCGGUGGUGGAUCCAACGGCAUUCGUUUACAGUUGUGUUUACGACAUGUGCAGCAAUAAGGAUAACAUCACCACGCUGUGCCAGGCCAUCCAGGCGUAUGCCCUGGCCUGUCAAGCUCUUGGAGUCACCAUACGUUCCUGGAGAUCCCGGGCCUUCUGUGCUUUAACAUGUCCCGAGUUCAGCCAGUACCAGGUGUGCACCACGGCCUGCCCUGCCUCCUGCUCGGACCUCACAGCUCCCCUGUACUGCGCCCACCCCUGCACUGAGGGAUGCCAGUGUGACCCGGGCUAUGUCCUCAGUGGCAGCCGGUGCGUGCUUCGGGAAGACUGUGGCUGUGAGCACAACGGACUCUACUACCCCAUGAAUGCCACUUUCUGGGUAGGAGCUUCAGGAGAGGAAGGAGAAUGCACCCAGCGAUGCACCUGCGGAUUCGGCUCCGAGGUAACCUGCUAUAAUGAUUCGUGUAAGGAGGGCGAGGUUUGCGUGGCAGAGGUGGGGUUACUGGGAUGCUACCCAAGGAGAGAGGGGGUAUGCUCCGUCACGCAAACUUCCAUGACGGCUUCCUUCGAUGGGGCGUACCUGCCGUUCCCAGAGGAUAGUUCCUUCUACCUGCUGAAGCUGUGUGCCCCCAUACCAGUCAACGGGUCAAUGGUGGAGGUGAAAAUGAGCAGGCGGCUGUUCAACAAAGGACCGGCUUGGAAAAGACCUGUGAUUGUGACAGUGGCCAAUGUGGAAGCUCAGAUGGGAGGAGCAGAUUUUGACACAGUGAAGGUAAAUGGUGAGCCUGUAGUCCUCCCAUACGUCCACCCGAUGGAGACUGUGAUGAUCUACCGUGCUCCAGGUAAUGCCACAGUGGUGGAGUCUCGUGGCCUGCUCAGAGUCCACUACACACGGCAGGGAUACCUCAACAUCUCCUUGUCCACCCUUUACUACAAUGUCACUUGUGGGCUGUGCGGCGUCUUCAACAGCAACGCCACUGAUGACCUCCGGCUCCCCAACGGACGCUUGGCAGAGUCUGCUGAGCAGUUCACCGAGGCUUGGAAGUCCCUGGCUGAUGACCUAACCUGUAACGGUGACUGCGACGACCUGUACCGAAUGUGCACGGACCUGCGGCUCUACCAGAGUCCCUGGAUGUGUGGGAACAUCAACGACCCCGGGAACAGCUCCUUUAUCGCCUGUCACACAGUGGUGAACCCUUCGCCCUUCUUCAGGAACUGCCUGUACAACAUGUGUGUGAAGGAGGGCAACCGCUCAGCCAUGUGUAACUCUCUGCAGGCCUAUGCCACAGCCUGUCAGGAUGCACAUAUAGGCCUGCCCUCUUGGAGGAGUGCCACCAACUGCCCUCUUCCAUGCCCGGAGAACAGCCACUUCGAGGAGUGCACCACGGCCUGCCCGCUGACCUGCACCAACCUGGACGAGCCAGAGGAGACGUGCCCACUGCCGUGCCAGGAGGGCUGCCAGUGCGAGGAUGGCUAUGCGCUGAUGGAUGGACUGUGUGUGGCACGGAGGGACUGUGGCUGCAUGUCGCAUGGCCGGCACCUGGCCACCAACCAGACCUUCUGGACUGACUGGGAGUGCCAGGAGCGUUGCUACUGCAAUGGCUCCGACAACAGCGUCUACUGCCAGCCUGCCCCCUGCCAGUCUGAGGAGUACUGCCAGGAGAGUGAUGGUCUCUUCUACUGCCAGCCCCGCACCGAGGCCCUGUGCGUUGCAGCGGGAUAUGGACACUUCCUGCCGUUCAUGGGUGCUGCAUUUGAACUGCAGAGCUCGUGCACGCUGCAGCUGGUCACCUCGGAGUGCGGGAUCAUCACCAGGGAGCAAGCCGCCGGAGCAUUCCCAUUUUUCAAACUGGCUGCCCGGAACGAGGAGCGGGACACAGGACAGGCCAUCUGGGUCAAGGGCUUUGUGCUAGAAGCUUACGAGUAUGAGAUUGAAGUGUCACGGAGCUACAAGAACACAGUCACGGUGAAUAAGGAACGGCUGUACCUGCCUCUGAAGCUGGGCCUGGGGAAGGUAAACAUCUUCAGUGCGGGCAUGCAGCUGGUGCUGGAGACGGACUUUGGUCUCAAAGUCGCCUUUGACUGGAACACCCUGCUGCUGCUGUCUCUACCCCGGGACAUGUACCAGACGGCCUGCGGGCUGUGCCAGGGCAUGCCCCUCACCCCUCCCAUCCUCAGUACCACAGACUGGGGCAUGGCCUGGGCAGAGCGGGACACCUUCUGCCAAGUGGGCUGUGGGGACUCGUGCCCUCGCUGUGGGCUGGGGGAGAAGAGCGGUCUGUCUGAGGGAGCACUGAUGGUGGCAGACUCCAAUGGGAACUCUGAGAAUGGAGACCGGGAGGUGAACACGCGUAUCCGCUUCCACAUCGGAGAUGGACUCUAUGUGUUUGUAGAGCCAGAGGCUGUGAGGUUAUGUGGACUCAUUAUAGACAGAGGAGGACUGUUUGCACGCUGCCACAGCAAGGUGGCGCCAGCAUUCUUCUACCAGAGCUGCCUACAGGAUACAUGUCUGGACCAGGGAGCCCAGGACACCAUCUGUAACUGGCUGCAGAUGUACGCCAGCACCUGUCGGACACAGGGAGUCCCUAUGAAUGGCUGGAGGAGCAACACGCCCUGUGUCCUGAGCUGCCCCCCCAACAGCCACUACUCCAGCUGCGUGUCUCCCUGCCCACCACAGUGCGCCCCCGCCCGUGGACAGAGGGACUGCAGUCAUGACUGUGUGGAGGGCUGCCAGUGUGACCAGGGAUACGUGCUCAACGGCAAGAGCUGCAUCCUGGCUCAGAACUGUGGCUGCUACACUGACGGCAAGUACUUUGAGCCCAAGCAAUUGUUCUGGAACUCGGACUGCACCAAGCGCUGUCAGUGCAUUGGGCGUAACCUGGUGCAGUGUGACCCGCGGCGCUGUAAGGCUGAGGAGGAGUGUGUCCUUCGUCACGGGGUCAGGGGCUGCUUCGCCAGGCGCUCUCAGCACUGUGUGGCCUCGGGUGGCGGUGUGUUCAGAACCUUUGAUGGUGCGUCCCUCCGUCUGCCCGCAUCCUGCUCCUUUGUCCUGUCCACAAACUGCCACAAGCUCCCAGAUCUGUCUUUCCAGCUCAUUGCCAACUUCGACAAAUGGAGCACACCCAACCUGACCACCAUCUCCCACGUGUACUUGUACAUCAAUGAGGAGAACAUUCUCAUAUCUGGGAGCACUGUCAAGGUGAAUGGUACUCCAGUGUCUGUGCCCUUCCUUACUGGCCUGAUGACCCGGCUGACCACCUCAGAGGGCUUCAUUGUCAUUGACACACCACAGGACAUACAGGUCCGCUACAACCGGUUCAACACCCUCAGCAUCACCAUGGGCCAGCGUCUGUAUAACAAGGUCUGUGGGCUCUGCGGGAACUUCAAUGGAGACCCCAGUGACGAUUAUAUCACCUCCAGAGGGAAGCCUGCCACCAGUGCCCUGGAGUUGGCCCAGAGCUGGAAGACCAAUGGCAUGCAGAACAGUUGUGAUGAGAUGCAGUACGUAGCUCUUGCUCAGUCUUGUGAGAACACAGCGGUGCUGGACCUGCAGAGUGAGGGCGCCUGUCAGAAACUCACCGCUCUCAAAGGUUUCUUCCAGCCGUGCCAUGGGCUGCUUGACCCACGCCCCUUCUACCAGUCCUGCUACCUGGACGGGUGCUAUAACCACCGCAAGGCCCAGGUGUGUGGCUCCCUGGCUGCAUAUGCUGAGGCCUGCCGGGCCCUCGGAACACUGUCCACACGCUGGAUCACCCAGGAGAACUGCUCAGAAUGGAUCUAUGACCCGUGUGCUGGGGAGAGCUGCACAAACUUUACCUGUGAGUUGGAGAACGGAGGAGACCUAUGUGGCUGUCCGGAGCUGCCCACUACCACAGGAAGUGAGGAUGACAUCAUCCAGGCGGAGGUGACCUGUAAGCAUGCUCAGAUGGAGGUGUCUAUUUCGAAGUGUAAGCUCUUCCAGCUGGGCUUUGAGCGUGAGGACGUGAGGGUGAACGACCAGCACUGUGCAGGCAUCGAGGGAGAGGAUUUUAUCUCCUUCCACAUCAACAACACCAAGGGUCACUGCGGCUCCAUUGUACAGUCGAACGGCACUCACAUCAUGUACAAGAACACUGUGUGGAUCGAGAGUGUGAACAACACGGGGAACGUUAUCACACGAGACAAGACCAUCAAUGUGGAGUUCUCCUGUGCCUACGAACUGGAUCUCAAGAUCUCCCUGGAGACUGUGCUCAAGCCUAUGCUCAGUGUAAUCAACCUGACACUGCCCACCCAGGAAGGGAACUUCAUCACUAAAAUGGCGCUGUACAAGAACGGCUCAUACCGGCACCCUUACCGCGAGGGCGAGGUGGUCCUGAGCACUCGGGACGUCCUCUAUGUGGGUGUGUUUGUGGAGGGUGCCGACGAGAACCAACUCAUCCUCAUAGUCAACAUGUGCUGGGCCACUCCAUCCCGCUUCAGUGGGGACAGGCUGCGCUACAUCAUCAUCGAGAGAGGAUGUCCAAAUACUAAGGACAGCACUAUCGGCAUGGCAGAGAACGGCGUGGGCCUGACCUGCCGCUUCCAUGUGACAGUCUUUAAGUUCAUUGGAGACUAUGACGAGGUUCACCUCCACUGUGACGUCACACUGUGCGACUCCGACGCCAAUGCCUGCAAAGUGAACUGUCCACACAAGAGGAGGAUGUACUCAGAGAACAGUGACCAUAAAGAGCACAUCCUGUCUGUGGGGCCCAUACGCCGAAGAGAGGCAGACUGGUGUGAGGAGCUGAAUGGUGGCUGUGAGCAGAUCUGCACCAGUAAGACCUCUGGUCCUGUGUGCAGCUGUGUGACCGGCAUGCUUCAGAGGGAUGGCAAGAGCUGUCGCACGGUGAGCAGCCAGAGCAGUCCGAGUCCUGUGGUCCCUCUGCUGAGUGCCAGCGCAGUCCUGUCUCUGCUCCACAGCCUGGCCCUGCUGUCCUAACACCCCCCACCAUCAUGUGCCAAUACCACCAGCGCCACCUACUGCACAAACAAGCACACACCUCUAUUUAAUCCACUGUUUCACUUUU